UCCUAAAUGAAUGAAAGAUAGAUCCGACACAGAGCGUUUUGAGAGGUAGAGUGUUACUCGGUGUUGGGCAGCAAGUAGCUUUCUUAACUUUUAUAAUCAUUUACUUGAAUGCGAUUAAAUAAGUAUAUCUUCUAGUUAAGAAACUAGAUGAGAAACAUUUAGAAUGGAUAGAUAGCUGGAAAUGGACAGUUGGAAAAGGACAAAAACCGCUCACGACGCCAGAGUCAGUGUUUGUGGAGAGAUGAAGACGUCCAGGAGCGGAUCAGGUCUCCAGCCUCUCAAAGCUACUGUUCCCUUCACGCUGCACAAACCAGCUUCCGUCACAAAUAUCACUCCAGGUGAAAGGACCAAAGCAGAGUGGCGUUUGAAGACUCCGAUCCAGCACACAGUAUCUCUGGAUGCGAUUGUGUGGCCGUACUUGCAAGGCCAAUGGCCCAAAGAGGAUGACAGACACGGCAGGGAAGACAAAACCACACAGACACCACACACAUGGUUAGCUGGAGCUGAAACAUCAGCUGUUGGAUUUCACAAACGUUCAGCAUCAUGGGGAAAUUCAGAAUGUCUCCAGGAUGGAAGUGACGUGUGUGCAGAUUCAUAUAUUUUCAAGCUGAAACAACAACUACAACAGAAGAAAAGGUCAGGCGUUCUGGUUGGCAAUCAAGAAAAACUGCCCAACCAACAUCAGUCCCCUGCUCUAUUAAUCCCAUCUGCAUCAUUGACUCGACUGCCGUCACGUCUGCGUCAAAGUGAAGAGAGACUAGAUCAGGAGCUGGAGAAAGUCUUCACACAUCAAUCAUCAGUUCACCACUGUGGACUAUAUGAGGUUCCUGAUGGCCACAGGGCUCCUGUUCCUCACCUGUGUUCCAAGAGUGGAUUUCAGAUUGGGUCUUCCUGUGUAGCUUCCCACUCUUCUUCUUCCUCAUCCACAUCUUGCUCUCCACAGCGCCCUCUAGAUCUUGAAACUGUUGAAGAGGUCAACUCGUGUAUCGUGAUGCUGUCCUCAUCACCACGGCCCAAUAACAGCUACUGCUUUCAGAGAGAUCCACCAGAGGGUUGUGAAAGAAUCCGAGUGUGUGAAGAGAACGUCCUUCCAUGUUUGGAUCAAGUGUACGUGUCCUCCUGCCCUGACCCCAACAAAGUGAACUUCACCACACACACAGGCUCAGCCUUCUGCCCUGUCAAUCUCCCGAAGCCCCUCAUACCUCCAGUGGACUUCCUGAUUUGCAGCCUCUCAGUUUCUCCAGGGUCCUGCUGGGUGGGACAGUGAUGAGUUAGUAAGAAAAGAAAAACCGGUGAAAUCAGCAUCUGCGUGAGAGAGAUAGAAAGCGACUGUCUUUAAAAACAAUCAGUUCUUUGGUGUUUAAUAUUGAGUUUUGCUAAUUGUAAUAAGAGAAUACCAGAUUUCUUUGUGGCUCAGAGAGAGUGCUGAAAAUAUCCAGUUGGAAUGGCCGGCUUGAUAGAUUUAUGGUUUAAUAAUUUGGGCAGUUUUAUAAGGAAAAGUCUGUCAUUUAUAGACCGUGAAUGUUGAAUAGGGCAGUUUAUAUAUAUAAAAUUGAAUGGUACUAUUAAGGCAAUGAUUGUAUUUUUAAAUCUGCAUUUUACCACCUACUUCAAAAAAAAAAAAAAACAUAGCAAAUGUAUUAUUUUUUUAAUAUGUACUUUAGUUAUAUUUUAUUUUGAUUUAUUGAAAGGUUUAUUGAAGAAAGUAUCUGGGUGGAUUAUAACAAUCAUAGACCAUUUCAGUAGGUACUGUAUAUUCAUGUUCUUUGAUUUGAGGUGAAUGUCACAGUCAUGGUACAUUUACAUUCACAGUUGUUUUUUUCUUUCUUUUGUCUAAUGAAUGUUUACAUUGUAUACCUUGAACAUAUGAAUAUUUUUAUGUUUGUAUAGAUUAAUCUGUACAUGAAUGUAAUAUUAGUUAACACGUCUGUAUUGUUUGCACAUUUUUUUUAAAUUUUUUGCUAAAGAUAAGCUAUAGAAUGUUAAUGGUGACAUUAUCUGACUUCAAGUAUUUCUUUAUUCAAUACGUUCAUUGCACACAUGAUGUGUGUUGCUAUUUUAAGCUUUGGUUGAAAUUCUUUAUGUUCAGAUGAGUUAGUUUGGACUACUUGCCUUCCCGUUGGAAAUUACUUGGGGAAACUACAUGCACAUUGAUGAUACAUAUUGUUUUAUUCUUUUCUUUCUAUAGAUCACUUAAAUUCUUCCAUGUCUGUAGUAUGUUUUGACACCAAUAAAGUAGAAUUGAGCAUGACUGAAUGUCUGUUCUGAUAUUAUGAGAAACAACAUGCUGUGAUUUUGACUGUCAAGAUUAUCAAAAGAAAAUUAAGUGCUACUUUCAUGUCAUCAAGUAAUGUGGUUUAUAGUAUAUG